CGCCCGACGCCAUGGAUCCGCCCCUCUGGGUCGAGCAACUCAUGCACUCCUGCCUUCCAGCCUCCCCGGUUUCCGCCACCGCCUCCCUCUCCGCCUCCACCUCCACCUCUGACCAGGACGGCGGCGGCGAGGACCGCAUCAGCGCUCUCCCAAACGACCUCCUUUGCAAUGUCGUCUCCCGCCUCCCCGUCAAGGACGCUGCCCGCACCGGCGCGCUCUCCCAGCGCUGGCGCGGCCUCUGGCGCGCCGCCCCGCUCGUCCUCGACGACGCCCACCUCCUCCCGGACGCCGCCGCGGCGUUCCGCGUCCUCGCCUCCCACCCGGGCCCCUUCCGCUCCGUCCGGCUCGUCCACAACCUCAUCGACGAGUCCAACAAGGACGCGCUCCUCGCCGAGUGGCUCCGCCUCCUCGCCGACAAGGGCGUGGAGGAUCUCAUCCUCGCCAACGACCCUUGCUCCCGUGGAGCGAUGCCCGUGCAGCUACCGCCGUCCCUCCUCAGCUGCGGCGCCUCGCUCCGCCGCCUCUACCUCGGCCUCUGGCUCUUCCCUUUCACCGUCGACCUCCCGCGCGGCCCCGGCGUCUUCCCCGACCUCCAGGAGCUCGGCAUCUGUCACGGCAUCACCCUGGAGCGCGAUCUCGACUACAUGCUCGCUUGCAGCCCCAAGCUGGAGAUCUUGGCGCUCAUCGGCACCUUCUGCCUCCCCAACCGCGUCCGCGUCCUCCACCAAAGCCUCCGUUGCAUGGUGCUCUGGCAUUCCCUUGUGGACGAGGUCAGCGCCAUGGCCGCCCCGCACCUGCAGCGGCUCAUCAUCUACUGCACGAAUCCCACUGGGCCUGGAACCACCAUCAAGGUCAAAAUUGGCUGUGCUCCUCAGCUCGCCGUGCUCGGCUACUUGGACACGGCCAAGCACGUGCUUGAGAUCGGCGACACCAUCAUCAAGGCUGGGGUGACAAAGGUUUGCCCAAGUACAGUGGUUCCAAGCGUCAAGGUGUUAGCUCUCAAGGUGCGUUUCAGAGUCGCUGCUGAAGUGAAAACUUUGCUGGGCUUCUUGAGAUGCUUCCCUGAAGUAGAGACCUUACACAUUAUGGCUUCCGACAAUGACACUGACUACUAUGAUGACCAUGGUGAAGUCAAGGUAAGGGAUAGGCUCAAUUCCACCUUCUGGCAGCGGGUCGGUCCGAUCGGAUGCGUGCAGUCGCGUGUCAAGAGGGUGGUGUUCGAUCAGUUCACCGGGGGGACAAACGAGGUUGGGUUCCUGAAGCUGGUCCUUGGGAGAGCUGUGCUGCUGCAGAAGGUGACAUUCGUGCUGGCCCGUCCGGAUUCUGUGGCGAUGAGUGAGGCCAUGUGCAAACUCCAGCCGUUGGCUUCGAAGAGAAUGUGGGCCACUCAGGUUGUGGACAAUCCUUCCUUUGAAGUCUCUGGGCGUGUGGCAGGCCAUUUAUGUUGGUACAAAGAAGCAUCUGAUCUUUCUAUCACCGACCCGUUCAUUUCUAUGUUAAGGCUGUACUGAUGGAGCAUUCGUUAGAAGCUAGAGCAUCGUCAUUUGGCUGUUUAUGUUAAGGCAGUACCAAUGGAGCGUUCACCGCCAUUGGCUGUUUGAGUGACUUAUUUCUAUGUUAAGGCAGUACCGAUGGAGUGUUCAUUAGCGUUGUCGUUUGAAUGACUCGUAUCUCUUUGUGAAUGGUAGUGAUGCAUCGUUCAGUUAGCAGCCUUUUUUGGGUGUUGGAGAUUUGGGCUGCAAAAGACUUGUCAUGGCUUGGAUAUGCAGUUACUGUGGCUGUUGCUCAUGUUGCUAUCUGAAUGAUAAAUAUUGUUUCUGCACUCGAGGUGAUUUUUA